AUGGACGAUGUAGAAGAAUUCACUCCCAAGGACUUAGAAGUGCUGCCAAAUAAGAUCGUCCACGACAUUUUACAGUACGGGAUAACGUAUGAUUCCUCAGUAAAUGAGCCUAAUUCUGACUCAUCACUGGGUGUGUCCAAGAACUCUAAACGGUACAAUCCUAAAAAUCGCAAAUUUAAGAAGGAAGCACUAUGUUCUAUGAACCGUGUUGCCUCUCUCUUUGUACUAUACAUCACUACUGUGGCUGAAUCCAUUGCAAAAAGCAACAAGAGGAGCACUGUGUACGACAGGGACAUUCUCCAGGCCCUCCGACAAUGUAUGUUCUGGGACGUUGAAACUCAGAUUACUGAUUCUGAAAGCACUGAGUUACAGCAGAAAUCAUCCAAGGAUGAAAAGGAAGGUAUGGAGAUGGAUGGAGACGAUGAUUUGGACGUUGAGCCUGAAGACGAUACGGAGCUGCAAGACGACUUAGAAAUGGACGAGGAUGUCGACGAGGACUCAGAAGAGUUAGAUGUUGGAGACCUGGAACAGAAUGAAGAUAAGGGCUUAGAGUCUGGAAUAAAUAGUGAGGGACAGGCUACAGAGGAUCAACUGUAG